UCCAAAAUGUUCAAGUUGGUGGUAUUGUCUGCUCUGCUCGCCGUAGCCGCUGCCCGUCCCGGUCACCUGUUGGAGUCCUCCCCGCUGGUCUACGCCGCCCCAGCAGCAACGACCAUCGUCCAGGAGCCCGUUCUGGCCAAGGUGGGAGCCGUGGUCAAGAGCGUGCCCACCGCCGUGAGCCACCAGAGCCAGUCGGUGGUGCACAGCCACGCGCAUGUUGUUGAGGACGUCGUUGCUCCGGUGGUAAAGUCCACUCCGGUGGUCAGCUAUGCUGCUGCCGCCCCAGUGGUUCACACCUCCUAUGCCGCUGCUCCCGUUGUCCACACCAGCUACGCUGCUCCUGCUCCCGUUGUCCACACUUCCUACGCCGCCGCCGCUCCCGUUCUGGCCACAUCCUACGCCCAAGUGGCCGCCUCCUCGCCGCUGACCUACACCGCCACUGGUGUGUGGUAAAUCCAUGGCCCGGCCCACUCCCAAUCCUACUGCUCCAACUGCUGACAGGUGACCAGGAUGCGUGUGCAUCGCUGGACGGUUUGUGAUACGAAUUUAAAUAAAUAAAUGUUUUGCUUUGAAAUCGUGUAAGUUGUUUUCUUCUCCCUCCACGUCAUUAAUCUUGAUCUGAAGUUCCUAAAGAGUCCAAACAGAUGACAGUAACAAGUUACUAUUAUAAUCACCAAAUCUAUCUAAAGGAUUUUUCUAUUAAUAGAAGUCAACGUUCUGAAAAAAUAUUUAAGAAAUGUCGUUGCUCAGUUACUUUGCCCUGGAACUUAAAAUGUAAGGCGAAAUGAUGACACUUUGACGUAAAUUUAGACUUUUUUCACAUUUUGCGGCGCGUGGGGACUUGGUCUUAACUCGCUUGGUGUACUAAAAGUGUCCUGGUUCAAUGCCCUGUGUCACGUAUCUACUUACUUCCUGCUGCACCUGUGUCAUGGGUAAAUAUUGGACAUCCAUGUGCCGGGACACCCACAAAUGUGUGUGAAAAUUACUUGGGUGACAGCAUGGGUAUCCCGCUGUUUGGAAAUUGCUGACAUUGCCGGGCAGUGAACUCGACGAAUCAUUAGCCAAUAUCGAGGACAUUUCUGAAAGUCACUGUACCCGAAUAACAUGUAUGCACCUCUAUGG